AACUCCUCCACAGCAUCAGCCGGCCGGUGGAAGCUCAAACCUGAACCUAAGCUGUCGUCUUCUCCUCUCUUUUCUAUUUAAGUGGGACGAGACCAGAAACAGCAUGCACUGAACUAUUAAUUUGCACUCUCCCCUCCUCCCCUCCGAGUGUUCAAUUCUAGCUUUGGUUUAUUCCUCUUUCUUCUUCUUUCUUCUUCAUAUUAUAAGCUCGAUUUCAUAUAACGAGGCGUUUAUCCAGGUGACUCACAAAUUCCUGUGAUAAGAUAAGCUUCAGUGAUGCUUCUACUCGAUCCUUAACUCCACCCAUCAAUUCUUCUUUUCCUCCCCAUUCAUUGUUCAAUAGAAAUAUUGAUUCCUUGACAAAAACACAGACGGUCACCCAACUGACAAAACCGGCCAAUCAACCCAGAACUGCCGGAGCUAUCGAGCGAUUGAUUGGUGCAGAGAAUGUGGAAGCUUAAGAUCGCUGAAGGUGGUCCAUGGCUCAAGACCGUGAAUAAUCACGUCGGUAGACAGCACUGGGAAUUCGACCCAGAAGCUGGAACGCCAGAAGAGCGAGCUGAAGUGGAAAGGGUCCGAGAAGAAUUCAGAAAGAACAGGUUUCGACAGAAACAGAACUCCGAUCUUCUAAUGCGGAUGCAGCUUACGAAAGAGAAUCCAAAUAAACUGAACCUACCCCCAGUUAAAGUGAAAGACAAUGAGGAAAUAACGGAGGAGGCUGUCACAACCACAUUAAGGAGGGCUAUUAGCUUCUAUUCCAGCAUUCAGGCGCAUGAUGGGCACUGGCCAGGAGAAAUUGCAGGACCCAUCUUUUUCCUUCCUCCCUUGGUCAUCGCUUUAUAUAUUACAGGGGCUCUUAACACUGUUUUAUCACCAGAACAUCAGAAAGAGAUUCGUCGAUAUUUAUACAAUACUCAGAACAAAGAUGGUGGUUGGGGACUACAUGUAGAGGGUCAUAGCACCAUGUUUAGCUCAGUAGUCAGCUACAUUGCCUUGAGGUUACUUGGAGAAGGGCCAGAUGAUGGUGAAGACAUGGGAAUGGCCAGAGUCCGAAAAUGGAUACUUGAUCAUGGCGGAGCAGUAGGAAUACCAUCUUGGGGAAAGUUCUGGGUCACGGUACUCGGAGUGUACGAGUGGGCAGGUUUCAACCCAACGCCCCCAGAAUUUUGGCUUCUCCCUAAAUGCUUUCCCAUUCAUCCAGGCAAAAUGUUGUGCUACUGCCGUUUGGUUUACAUGCCCAUGUCAUACUUGUAUGGCAAGAAGUUCGUUGGUCCAAUAACAAGUUUGGUACUGUCGCUGAGACAAGAGCUCUACACCAAACCUUAUCACGAGAUUGACUGGAAUAAAGCUCGUAAUACAGUCGCAAAGGAGGAUCUCUACUACCCACAUCCCCUAGUGCAGGAUAUGUUGUGGGCAUUCCUUUACAAAGUUGGCGAGCCUAUUCUGACACGUUGGCCCUUUUCCAUGCUAAGAGAGAAGGCUCUAAAAGUAGCAAUGGAGCAUGUCCACUAUGAAGACAAAAACAGCAGAUACUAUACCAUUGGAUGUGUAGAAAAGGUUAUAUGUUUACUUGCCUGCUGGGUGGAGGAUCCAAAUUCAGAGGCAUACAAGCUCCAUCUCGCUAGAAUCCCAGAUUACCUAUGGGUUGCUGAAGAUGGCAUCAAAAUGCAGAGUUUUGGAUGUCAAAUGUGGGAUGCUGGUUUUGCUAUUCAAGCAAUUUUGUCAAGUAACCUUAUUGAAGAAUUCAGCCCUACCCUGCGAAAGGCACAUGACUUCGUAAAAAGUUCACAGGUCAAAGAAAACCCUUCUGGUGAUUUCAGUAAAAUGUACCGUCAUAUUUCUAAGGGUGGAUGGACAUUCUCAACUGCAGAUCAUGGAUGGCAGGUAUCAGAUUGUACAUCAGAAGGACUGAAGGUUUGUCUUUUGUUCUCUCAAAUUUCAUCAGAAAUUGUUGGGGAGCAACUGGAAAUAGAACGAAUGUAUGAUGCUGUAGACGUAAUUCUUUCUCUACAAAGUAGUAAUGGAGGUUUCCCAGCAUGGGAGCCACAACGGGCAUUUCGAUGGUUAGAGUUGUUCAAUCCUACAGAAUUUUUUGAAGAUACUCUUAUUGAGACAGAGUAUGUGGAAUGCACUUCAUCAGUGAUUCAGGCUUUGGCACUAUUUAAAAAAUUACAUCCUGAAUAUCGGAAGAAAGAAAUAGAGCAUUGCAUCUCAAGAGCAAUAGAUUACAUUGAGAAGACACAGAAGUCCGAUGGUUCAUGGUAUGGAUGUUGGGGAAUCUGCUUCACCUAUGGCACAUGGUUUGCAGUAGAGGCCUUGGUGGCUUGUGGUAAGAACUACUACAAUAGCCCUCAUAUUCAGAAAGCCUGUGCAUUUUUGCUAUCCAAACAAUUGCCCUCUGGUGGUUGGGGAGAAAGUUAUCUUUCAGCCACGAACAAGGUAUAUACAAAUAUAGAGGGCAAUCGUUCUAAUCUGGUACAAACUGCAUGGGCCAUGUUAUCACUUAUUGAUGCUGGGCAGGCUGAGAUUGACCCAACACCUUUACAUCGUGGAAUGAGAGUUUUGAUUAAUACACAAAUGGAAAAUGGUGAUUUCCCCCAACAGGAAAUUACAGGAGUCUUCAUGAGGAAUUGUACAUUACAAUAUGCACAGUACAGAAAUAUCUUUCCCAUAUGGGCUAUUGCGCAAUAUCGUAGGAAGGUCCUUUUUUAUUAAAAUCUAAAUGCCUUGCCAAAAUGGUGAUUGGCAGAAAAGUCCAAUUAUUUGAAUAAGCAUGGUGAAAGAAGUAAUGAGUUAUGCAAAUAUGUGUAAUGUAUUCUAUGAAAAUGUAUAGCAAUCUCAUCUAUAAGUUGUAACAUAUGUCAAUAAGUCAUUCC